AUGCUCCGUUUGCGUGCGUGCAGAAAAGAGAGCUGCACCCCCGAAUGCCUGUGGGCGGAACGGAAGGACUUUGUCUUUCUCACCGUGCAGGUUACUUCCCCAGAGAAUUUGAAAGUCGACCUUGAGGAACAGAGCCUCGACUUUUACUGCACAAAGGGUGAAAAGGCAUACUCCUGCCACCUAGAUUUUCCCGAGUCAAUCAAUGUUGAGGAGAGCAAGUAUAGCACCCAGCGCAAUGUGCAGUUCAAAUUGGUGAAAAAGGAGGCGCGGAGGUGGCACCGCGUCUCAACAGCGGACAAAAAGAAGCUGCACUGGCUGAAGUGCGAUUGGAACAAAUGGGUUGACUCGGAUGAAGAAGAAAAUAACAAGAUGGACAUGGGAGACUUCGAUAUGGACUCGAUGGGCUUUGGAGGCAUGGGAGGCAUGGGAGGCAUGGGAGGCAUGGGAGGUCUGGAUCUCAGCUCUUUGGGUGGCGCUGGUGGCUUUGGCGAUAUGGGAGAUAUGGGUGACUCGGACGAUGAAGACGAUCUCAAGGAUCUCGAUGCGCCCAUGGGAGAAGAUGAUGAGGCCGAGGGGGCCGGAGAUAAGAAGGCGGAGGAGGAAGCGAAGCCACCUGCUACGGCUGAAUCAUAA